AUGGGUAAUUUAAUGAUUGGUGUUACACUUUCUCUUUAUUUUUCUGUUUAUGUACUUUAUUUUUUAAGCAUGCUUCCUAAAAAGAAAGAUUUGGAUGAAAAAUUAACUGCCGUAGGUAAAGUUAUUGCUAUUACUGGUGCUAUUUCUGAAAUAGGGAAAGAACUAGCUCUUCAACUUAACAUUAAAGGAGGGAAAAUUUAUAUAUUUUGUCCAAGUGCUUAUCAUACUUUUAGUCUUUUGAGUACUUUUAUUAGAUCUGAUUGCGAAUGCAAACGCAUAGACUUUAUUGAAUGUGAUCUUACAAAUUUAUCUUCAAUUAAAGAAUCUGUUAAAGAAUUUAAAAAAAAGGAGGCAGUUCUUGAUAUUCUUAUUAAUAAUGCAAGUAUAGUGUAUUAUCCAAAAUUUGUGUUAACAAUUGAUCAAUGUGAAUUAAUGUGGCAAACAAAUUAUCUCGGACAUUUUGUACUUACUGAGCUUCUAACACCUUUAUUAAAAAGAUCUAAAGGAGGUGGAAGAAUAAUUAAUAUUAGUAGUAAAUUAGAAAGUAGUUGUAAAGAGAUUGAUUUGAAAAGAAUCAAUUCUUCUGAUUAUUUUGAUGAAGAAGAAGCUUAUAAAAGAUCUAAAUUAGCACAGAUUAUGCAUGCAAUUGAAUAUACAAGACGUAAAAGAUCAGCAGAUCCUGAUACAAAAAUUACAAUCAAUUCAUGUGAACCUGGUAUUGUAGAAACUAAUCUUUUUAGAGAUUUAAUGUUAGAAGCUUCUUGUAUCAAUAUUACAAAUUUACCACUUAGUUGGUUUUUUUCCCAAACACCUAAUGAUUGUGCACAAUGUCCUUUGUUUCUUGCAUUGAGUAAAAAAGUUGCUUCAAUUUCAGGAAAACAUUUUGUUAACUGUUCAGAAAAGCAUGAAAUUAACAUUAUUGCAUCGGAUGCAAAUAAAUGUUCUGAGUUAUAUGAUUAUAGUAUGCAAUACAUAUAA